UUGUUGAUGACGAUGGCAGACAGCGCAGGUCAGUAGCUCAGUGGUGUUCCUUGGAGGAGGAGUGCCUGCUAAGAUUAAAAAAAAGAACAACAUUUUCUCCGGCGACCUGCUCUCAAAGCAGGGAAGAACUACCCAGUAAACGGAUGAAGCACCGGUAGUGUGACGAACCUGUGAGCUAUACGGAAUUGGCGCCGGUUCAGAAACGUCUCUAACAUUGUUUUUAAGGCCUGUUGCUAGCUACUGGGGAUCCGCGGGCUAACCCGAGAGACACCGGGCCGAGAGAGCGCAGGGGACCGGGACACGAGCUCCAUGGGCUGGGUUUAAUCCACCAGGUUUUAUCAAAACGAAGACGUAACCUCUCCUGCUCCACGGGGGCGGUUACAAACCAGCGUAACUCGAGGCGCUCCCAGUUUGACACCUAGCUAACAUUAGCUACCUUGUGUUUACAAGCUAACUCCACACCCUCACAAGAAGUUGGUACUUAGAAGCAUAUUGUUCAGUUACCUGCUCGCUGGUGGUGACUUGAAACCUUGUUCUACUUGUAUCUACGCGGACUGAAGGUCGGCAGCCAGGGAGCGAGAUCAAAAGUUCUCCCAGCUAAAGGUUAUCACGGCUUCAAGCUUCAACGUGUGUCACCUUAUCUGAAUAGAAGGAACAGACCUCGCCGUGUUGAUUACCGAAGCUACCUUUAACCCGUUUGAACGACGGUGUCCCGGAUGAAGGCUCACAGAAAAGUGUGGAAUCUACUGCUGUCAGGACUUACAGGUGUCACCUGUUCUUCUUGGCAUUGUUAGUCUCGCACAUCCAAACAUCUGCUCUUUCUGCUUUCUCGAGCCGAUCUGCUCAGGAAACAGACCACAAUGAAUCGUUACCUGCCGGUUGCGCGGCAGCACUUUCUGGCCGCCCUCGCCAGCACCAGUGUGGUGGUGAAAAGUAUAAGUGCCGUGGUGGUCCUCCUCUAUCUGCUGUCAUGGGUCGUCGACACUCCGUACGCGCUGGGGGUGACCCCGGGCUACCUCUUUCCACCCAACUUCUGGGUGUGGACGCUGGUGACCCACGGUGUGGUGGAGCAACACGUGUGGGGUGUGGCGGCGAACUUGGGGACGGUCAUGGCCUGUGGCCGUCUGCUGGAGCCUCUGUGGGGCGCUCUGGAGCUCCUGAUCUUUUUCGCGGUGGUGAACAUCUCUGCGGGCCUACUGGCGGGCCUCUCCUACAUGCUCACCUACGUCUCCACCUUUGACCUGGACUACCUGUUUGCGGUGCGCGUCUACGGAGCGGCCGGGUUCGUGGGAGGUGUCCUGGUGGCGCUGAAGCAGACCAUGGGGGACACCACGGUGCUCAGGGUGCCACAGGUGAGACUGAAAGCAGCACCGGCUCUGGUCCUCCUCCUCCUGGCCUUGCUGCGCCUGUCCGGGCUGCUCGACAGCUGCGCUGACCUGGCUGCGUACAGCUAUGGCGCCCUGUCCGGCUGGGUCUACCUGCGCUUCUACCAGAGGCACAGCCGGGGCCGCGGGGACAUGUCGGACCAUUUUGCUUUCGCCAGUUUCUUCCCCGAGGCGCUGCAGCCGGCCGUGGGGCUGCUGGCGGGGCUGGUCCACGCCGCCCUCGUGAAGGUGAAGGUGUGCAGGAAGAUGGUGAAGAGGUACGACGUCGGGGCUCCCUCCUCCAUCACCAUCAGCCUGCCAGGGACCGACCCACAAGAUGCAGAGAGGAGGAGACAACUGGCCCUCAAGGCUCUGAACGAGCGUCUAAAGCGACUGGUGUAUUCAGCGUCCCUGACUAGUGUACAAAUAUGCUCAGUGAGUAGGCAUACGCUCGACAUCGCACACGACAACACAAACGACAUGUUUGACCAGUUCACACACACAACUGUGCCCUCACAAGCACUCUGUCAAUGUCAUCACAGAGGCCAAAGGGGCGGUAAGUGUACAGCGCUCUCAGUUGGUUAUAAACGCUCGGUGUAGUUGGGCGAACUGGACACUCGUUUCUUCUCCUUCUUACUGCAUACGACCGACCGACCGACCCACAAAUCAACCAGAAAUUCUGUCUUGCCCGGACAUGCCUCGGUCCACUGCUUCAUGUGUCUCUUGCUUUCUAAAUAAAUAACAAAAUGGGUGUACAAUAGUCUUUUUUGGAGCAGCCAUAGUUGUUCUGCCACGAGAAGGCCGUCGGUGACGGAGACUCGUGCUGAGUUCUUGAUGAAAAAGGCAGACUCUGUGCGCACCGGUUUAAUCGGCGCUGAAAACACGUCUGAAAGUGACAUUUGCUUUUAGUUCUUGAUAUUUAACCAAGUGUGUACGGGAGGAAGUAUGAACACUGCAGAAGGAAAGAAGCUGCUGCGGGUCUGUCCUGCUGAUAAACUGUGAUACAAAAUUUCAAGAUUUGAAGAGGUUGCCCGGUGAAGAGAAUGUUACCGGACUAUUUUCAUUUGCUGCCUGGUGUCUCUGGAUAGAAACGAACCGUGUCCCCACUUUUUGAAAAUCCCCCAUUUGUCUUUCAAUGGAGAACAAUUCUGUAUUUCUUUUUUUGUCUUCUUCUGGGUCUGUUCAUGACUUAACAAAAUCCAAAAAAACACACCUUUUUGUUUCUGUGCACAUUAACAGCGUUCCUGCACACAGAUUUGUGGAUGAUGCUUCUUGUUCUACGAGUUAUAAUGACUGUUAUAUUUUUUAAGGUUAAUAUUAAGCCUACUCCAGGAGCGUCAUCCUGUACCAUUUUACACUUUGGCUCUGAAAUGAUACACAAAUCAGGAAGAGCUGUUUAAUUAUCUGGGUGCAUGUGACGCAGAGAAGUCACCGUCAUGGCUGUUAGUCAUUCGGCACCAUUACAGAUACAGAGAAAGGUAGAGAAUAGGCGCUAUGUUUCCAGUUGCAGAGUCAUCUUUGUAUCCGUGCUCUGUCAAAGUCUGCUCUGAUUUGUUGCAUCUCAGACUUGUGAGGAUGAAUAACUGUGGACAGUGGACGCCUGCAUUGAUCAGUAAUCGGCCUGUAAAAUGUUUCCCAGUCACAUCCUUUGCACUUCGUAACAUCUUUCAUUUCUUCACUCCCGAUGCCAAGUAGCACCAGCGGUGAAUCAUUCUCUCUGAAGGUUGAUCGGCAGCUAAAUUGUUUCAAAAAGCUCCAUAAAUUCUACCAGUGAUUCGUUUAUUUUGCAUCCAGUCGGAUGUCGCAGUCUAUUAUGGUAAUAAAUCAAAUCAUUAAAUUCCCACCUGUCCUCGUUGACUCAAGUCAGCCAAUGCGUGAUGUCAGACGUCGCAGUAACAGCGGCGACAAAUUGAUAAAUGAUUUUUUUUUUUUUUUAAACUUGUGAUCUUCAGGUUGAAAAUGUUUCCAAAUUACAGGAGAAUUUCCAAAUAGUUGACUUCUGCUGCACAUACUUAACGAGGAGCGUACAGCUGAUGACGAGAUGCUCACUGGUCUUCCCGGGACAACAGGCCCAGUGGAUUAUGCAGCAGGCUGUUUGUGCUCUGACAGCUGCUGUGUCUUUGUAGGUCGGCAAUGCUUUUAUUUCACAAACCAUCUUGGGAAAAAAAAAAAAAGAAGCUGAUUGAUGGCCGUUGUUUUGGGGUUUCUUAGUCAUUUCCUCAGCAGGUUCCUUCAGAUACAUUGAAAAAAAAGAGGUUAAAAUCUAGAAACUACACAAAAUGUUUGAAUUAUUGUUGGAUGUUUAAUUAAAAUAUGAAGUCAUUCUGUUUUUUUCAUAUUUAAUAUUCUGAUAUUUGUUGUGUGAAGAAAAACCUUGUAGUUAUUUGUCCCUGACUGAAUUGACCUUAAAUUGAAAUCUAAUCAAAUGUAACAAAGGACAGAUAAUUCUGCCAUCUGUCGCCCACCAUCAUUAACCAGCAGGAGAAACCUCUCAGAAGUAGAGCUCUGUGGUUAUUCAAUGUGUGCGCAAAGACCCAAGUAUGUUUACAGUUUAUCAACAACCGUAUUUAAUAUCCCAGAAACGCUAUGUAAGUAUUGCAUACACACAUAUGUUACAUGUGUGGGAAAUGGCGGAGUACGUCAAAUGGAGAGAGACACUUAUGAAAGUCCUGAUUCCUGAUCAGCUCGUGGUUUCUUUCUCUCUGAAACCUUUCAGCCCACAGGCUGCGUCCUAAUGCUGGACUGCAGCUCUGGCUGACACAUUUGAUAAUGUAGUUUUAGAGGAAGAACUCCACUAGAUUGGGCUUUUUUUUGAUAUGCUGCCGUGUGACUCGACGUGUUGAGCUGUGAAAGGAGCGAUGAUGUCACCAGGUCGGUAAC